UCGAUGUAUUUAUGCCACUCACAUCCUUAGUAUUAAAAGUUAAACAAAAUAUUCUGUAAUUACAAUACAAAAUAUACUGUAAUAAAGUUAAUCGUAACAGUUAUUUUAGUAAAAAUGGUCAAAGUCAGCAAAAAUAUCCGUAUGAAAGCCAAGGCAUCGGUUGCGAAAGCGGCCGCGAAUAUUAAAUCACAUGUGCGUGCAGCAGCAAAGUCAGACGAUUCGAGUAUGACGAAGGAUAAAUUAUUAUUGCCAAAAUCACCAACAAACAAGAGAAAAACAAUUACAAAACGAGAAAAAGUGCGACGGAAGCAUAAACAACUUAUGAAUAAAUUUGCAUUGAUAAAAAAGAAACGUAAAGAGGAAGCGGCACGCAGAAAUAGGGAAAAGACGGAAGUUAUUGGUGAUUUGAAACCACUAAAGGAUGCGUUGCCUUCUUUAGACGAGCUCUUCAAGUUGAGCAAGCAAAAAUCGGAUAUAAAAACGGGUACCAAAGACAUCGACGAAUCUACCAGAAAUAAUCACACAACAAAAGAGGAGAAAAAAAUGAAUGUUAAGCAAAAACUGAAGAAGAAAAAAGAAAAAUUAAUACGCCAAGUCACUUCUUAUACUGCAUUACUUAAAGAUCCGGAUUUCAAAAAAAAUCCUCGCGAUGCCAUUUCCUAUCAUAUUAAAUAUACACAUGGGCUCAUUGAUGAUUGAAUUAAAACGGUUAUUUUAAUAAAUGUAUAUUUGAAAUUUUUGUAUAUCGAAUAAAAACGUCAUAUAUUUUUGUAAAACUGGUAUACCACGAAAGCCGGAGGCCGUAUUCGUAUAACAUUGGAAAAUCCCCGUACUCUGAAUUCAUGACGAUGGAAUAAAAUAUAUGUUUUUUAAAGAUUCCUUUAUCCGUUGGAUGUUGCAUGUAGCAAGGAAUAGAGCUGAUGCUUGAAACUGCAGGCCAAUUGUGAAGCAGGGUCUCAUGGCUAAGUUACUUGACAUAUUUCAUCAGGGAUUAAUUAACCAUAUAAGUAGGGGUAUAUUCAGAAACGCAUUAUAAAUGCGCAGUAAUUGCAGCGCUGGCAACACUGCCAAUGUGACAAGUGAUGCAAUUGUUAGAUUUGUUAACGAUUUGCAAAAAGAUUUGUUGCAUUUAUGAACGCGUUUUACACUAAAAUGGAAGUAUUAUUGAGUUUAGUUGUUGACGAUAUAUUUGAAGUAAAAAGUGAGAGUUUUUUGCUAAAUUUAAGAAAAAAAAGACGUGUAAAGCUAAAAAGAAGAUCACAUAUAGUAAGAUGUUCAUUAAAACGAAAAAUUCCCAAAAAUAAAUCUUUUUUCCUAGUCGCUAAUGCUUUUUAAUUUAUUGUGAUUGUUUGUGAUUCAUUACUUUUCCAAUUUUCAAAAAAAAAAACAAAAAACAAAAAAUCGUGUUUUGAAACAAUUAGAAAAUUUUCGCUGCGCGAUUUGCCCGUCUAUUUUCAAAUCUUUAUUCACUUUUUUUAUUUCUUCCGCCACCUUAUUCCACAAAACACUCUUUUUCCUCCUCCCUGAAGCAAAUUCACUUUCCAUGCUCAGUCGGACUCUGAGAAGCAACUUUACUUCCGAUGUACUUAGAUAAUCGCUAAAAUCAAGAAAAAUGUAAUAAAAUAUUGUUUUAAUAACGUAUAUUUAAUAUAUCUUUGCAUUAAAAGCUAAAAAAAUUAGUUUUCUACUCACUUUUCAUCAGACAUCAUAUUAGCGUAAUCAGCGGCAGUAUUAAAAUUUUUCCUGCAAAUAAUGCGUGACGGUUGAUACAAAAAUGGCGUUUUGGAACGCGAUGCAUUUGCAGUACUGCCAUAUUUGCAUUUCUGAACGCAUUGCCAACACUGCAAAAGUACGUUGCGCAUUAUAAUGCGUUUCUGAAUAUACCCUAGUGCUACUAUUGUUGAGUGCCAACAUAGGUUCUGUCUAUGUAUACAAAAAUUAGUUAAUUUAGCUUUAGUCCUAACACAAAUAUUCAAUGCUUUUGCGAAUCGUGCUCAACUUGAAGUUAUUUUCAAGGACUUUUUCAAAACGUUUGAUAAAGUUUAAGUUUAAUUCUUGUGCAAAUGUUGAGGGUCUACAGCGUCACAAGAUUGCUAUUAAAUUCCUAAAUCAAGUACAGUUGUCGAUGCAUGAUUAGAUAUUCCACAAGAGACACUGUGCAUCGCUAUUGUUCUUAAUAUUUAUUAACGACCUACCUUUUCAUUUUAAAUUCGCUAAAUGCUUAAUAUUUGGCGAUGAUAUUAAACUCUUCUUGACAGUUUACAAUCCGCCAGACUAUAUAAGAGUAUAGUGGAGCUGUAAUAAUUUCGGCAGUGUUACUUUCUACGAGAUGGCAUCAUGAUCUCUUACAAAAUUUCUGUCACUUGUUCCGUCAGUAAAAUAUUGACUUUCCUGUCUAACGCAGUAUAAAAUUUGGGAUUAAGGAAAAUAAAAUUUUUUAUUUAAUAAAUACUACUCUGUAGAUUAAUAUUCUGUAUUUAGCUAAAAAUUAUGUUCAAAUGAAACGAAGGUAUUGAUUAAAUUUUUCAAGCAACAGCUAAUCCAUUGAGUAUCAGCAACAAACCAUCGAAAAACAGAGUCGUAAUACCAAAUAUCUGUAACUAUUGAAUGCGGCAAACAUAUGUACAUAUAUAGCCACAGUAGACCACCACAUGUUUGAGUUAAACUUAUUUUUUAUUUUUAACUAAUCUAGCUCUGUAGGCUGUAUUUUAACAAAUAUAUAAAUAGGGAUUUUUGAAAAAAAAAAGGUAUUUAGGGGGAAAUUUAGAGUAGACAAAAACUUUUACGGUUUAAGAUAAGUGCAUAAAAAGCCUAAUCCAAGCUAAAUUUGUAAAAACCUAAUUUUUAAAUUUUUUUUACAAAUUUCGCUUUUUUAACAGCUUUUUCUUAUAAUAUAUUAUUUAGCUGUUUUAAGAGCGGGUCAAAGUUGCAUUUUCGACCAAAAUGGUAAAACGUUAACUUUCCGUGAAAAAGUUCGACGCUUUGGACCAGUGCUGCCUUUGGGAAAAUUAGUCGGGAAGACAACCUCUCUCAGAAUCACGGUUGGACAAUAUAAAUAAAGUUGUUUUUAUAAUAAAAUUCUCUUUUCGCAUUCUAUUAAAAGCCAUUCCAUUGCAUUUCUACUGUUAUCUUUCCAUAAGCACAUAUAUAAAAUAUUGGAGACGGAGUUCGGACAUGAUGUGUCUAGGUUGAGCAGCUCACCCCAUCUUAAUUAAUGUUAACAUCGCCGAAUUGUUUGUAAAAAGGGUGAACAUUCCUUCCGACGCUUAAUUUAAAAUAAUAAAACUCGUUUUAAUUUUCUUUAUUAAUACUAAUCUUUUCACGGAGUAUACUUUAUAUUAUAAUGAAGAUUUAUUAUUUUUUCUUACAUUGUUCAAGUAGUGUUUUAUAACGACUUUAGAUCUACAAAGUAUUUUCAGACUAAAUAUAUUAUGUAUGUAUGUAUGUAUGUAUGCUCAGGUGUGAAAGACAAAAAUUAAUUUAAUAAUUAGUAUGUUACUAUUGUUACUGUUUAGAAAUAUUAUGCGUUCUUUUUUUGCUUUUUUAAGUUCUUCGGCUUCUUUAUACGAGCAUAGAAAUUCAAUGCGACGUAUUUAAAAUGUUUAAUUUGUAGAGGGUACGUAAAAAAUUACAUAGCACUCAAAUGACACGACUGCAAUAUUUUUCUUAAGUAAAGUAUAAAAACUAUUCUUUAUUCCGAAACUUAAGUGUCUUAUUUGAAAACCAGAAUGAAAUUGUUCUUAAGUUAUGAAUCCAGUGUAAGAAUUAUGAACAAAAAGGUAGCUGCAUUGCCGUUAUGUACAUAUAUGUAUAUGUGGGAAAUUUUCAAUCUUGUUAAUUUUGUUGGAUUCCGCAAAAAGUAAGAAUGACGGAUGAUAGUAUAAAAUUAACUGUCUCUAAAUUGAUUCAGUUAAAUUGAAUGAGAAGUCAGGAUAUAAAUGAAGCUUUCGUACUGGUAGCACUAUAACCUUCUUUUAAAUAAAAAAAAAUAUUUAAUUUAAAAAAAUGUAAUUAAAAAAAAAAUUAAAUAAAAUAAAAAUUUAAUUAAAAAAAAACAAUUUAACUAAAAAAAAAUUUAAAUUAAAAACAAAAAAAAAAUUUAAUUAAAUUUAAAUUAAUGAUUUCUGGUGAGUUAUUUUAAGGUGAACUUUUGUCCCUCUCGUUCUUUGGUUGUUGUUGUUGUAGCAGUAUAAACAUUCCCCAUACAUGUACGGGGAUUGCUGCUGAAGUGACAGUGAUAUAAAUCCGGGUCGCUCCGGUUACAAAGAACCGACUGUCAUGGGAACGUUCGUUCUUUGGUCGUUACCGACAGUUACCUAAGUAAUUCCCUGAAAUGUAAGUCUUGCAGCUCUGCAAACAUCAAACAUUUUAAAAUACAAUUUUUCUAUCAAGCACCACCCAUUAACAUUUAUGAGUAAAGAAUAUUUUUCAUUUUGAAUUUCUUAAA